AGGCUUCUUAGAAGUCCAAGUUGUACAACUAUAAAAUAAUAGACAUGAACAAAUGGUUGAAGGCUACGCCAAUAGCCACAAUCGAGGAUCUCUUGAUCAAGCAAUAUGUUGAUCCGCAUGCUGCAGCCAAAGUUAGACUCAAGCUUGACAAGCUCAAGCAUAGCAAGUGGACAGGCACCGUGCAUAGUCUGCAACAGUACGUUAGUAAGCUCUUUGUUACUCCUGAUCUGGAGAUGACUGCGCAGUCUUGCUUGGAUGUGAUUAAAGGUACGGUUCCCUCUACUGUAACACAUCGCCUGGGGCUCGGACUCAUAGCAUAUACAGAUUGGCUUUCCCUCAUGCGAGAUUUAGUCAAGCUGGAGGCGCAAGACCUCCCGGGUGGAUCGGGUGGCAAAAAGACCACCAGCCGCAAAUGGUUUCCUGACAGCAACCGUUUUGCAGCGCACGAUCAACUUGAGGUUGACGAGGAGACCUUCGCAGAGGAUCCUUCUCUUGGUGACGAUCAGGAGCAAGACUGUGAGGCAUCUUGCUCUUCACCAUCCCAUGAGUCCGACCCUGUAGAUGAUGAUAAAUCCAUGAAUGCCUUUAAGAAGACUGCUUUCAAAAGUAAGGGACCGAGGAACGCACUGAAGAACAACACUAACACGAUUCUCCUCCCCAAGGGAGCGAAGAUUCCACUCAAACCGGAAGAUCCUGCCACAAAACCAUGGGUAGAUCUCCGGAUCAGUGAAAGUGGAUGCAAGGUCUUCAGCAAGAUCGAUCUCAAGUCUGGUUACCACCAGAUUGAAGUAGACCCCGUUGACCAACACAAAACUGCAUUCAAAACUCAGGAUGGGUUGACAGAGAUCGACACACUUCAAGAGUUCCUGCAUAGUUACCGCAAGAUUAACGCAGAAUUACGGGAGCGUGUUGACGAACUAUCCAAAUCUUGCCCUGCAGAGUUUGAGAGAAGAAGAUCUGAGGAGGCAGUUUCAGAAGCAGUGGACUUCGGUACCAGAAAAAGCCAGGAUCGCCCAUCUAGUGGACAAGAAUCGGAUCAAGAAGAUUCGUGCUCGGAGCGACUUUUAGCGAUCGAGAAAGAAGAGGAUGCUGUGCAUCUACAGAGGUUCUUCUACUUGAGGACUGAUCAUCAGACCCUCAAAUGGAUCAAGACUCAACCGGCUCUUUCUGACGCACUCAAGCGAUGGAUUGAGGUCAUAGACCAAUAUGACUUCAAGCUUGAGUAUCUGAAGGGAGAGUAUAACAAGGUUGCUGAUGCGCUAUCACGUAGAGCAAACUACCUAGGUGCGCUAGUUUCUGACUUUGGCGUAUCUGAAGAAGUAACUCAAUCAUUGGUGGGAGCCUAUCAGGAAGACCCUGUCACGAUGGACAUCAUGCGCAAACUUCAGGCUAAAGACAAGGCCACAGAAAGUGAGUUUGUGAUGGUGGACGGGUUACUCUAUCUUGAUAAGGCCGGAAUAAAAAGAUUAGUAGUUCCAUCUAGUGAGCGAUUGCGUAGUUUGUUUUUAGGCGAAUGUCAUGACGCAACUGGGCACUUUGGCUACAAGAAGACGAUUGCUAACCUAGUACAGCGAUUUUGGUGGCCAGGAAUGUUAGAUGACGCAAAGAAGUACGUAGAUACCUGUCAGGUCUGUCAGCGGGACAAGCCGCAAACUCAAGCACCGCUUGGGUUGUUGAAGCCUUUGCCUAUUCCUACUGGUCCAGGACAGAGUGUUUCCAUGGAUUUCAUGGACACCCUGGUGACUAGUAAGAGUGGCAAGAGGCACAUCUUCGUCAUCAUCGAUCGAUUCACCAAGUACGCUAGACUAGUGGCUAUGCCAGAGACCGCAAGAACUGACUAUGUCAUCAAGUUGUUCAAAGACAACUGGGUGCGUGACUUUGGUUUACCAAAGUCAAUCGUUAGUGACCGAGAUGUCCGAUUCACAAGUGAGCUGUGGAAGAAGACUGCAGAACAGAUGAGCAGUCAACUUCAGAUGACUUCAGGGAAUCAUCCCGAAGCCAACGGACAAGCCGAGCAAAUGAACAGAGUCGUACAGCACUUGCUGAGGCAUUACAUCAAGCCCAGCCAGGAUGACUGGGAUGAGAAGUUGCCUCUCAUCGCCAGCUUGUACAACAAUGUUGUCCAUAGCAGUACUGGCGUUAGUCCUAAUCAGCUACACUUGGGACGGAAGCCUAGAUCAGCAUUAGACUUCCUCCUACCUGAAAACCGACCCGCUGCAACUCCAGGCACACUUGAGUAUGGUGUGCAGUAUGAGAAGUUGUUGCAAGAAGCUGUCGAGCACAUGAAGAAAGCUCAGCAAGCAAUGAUUGCUUCUGAGAAUCAACACCGUAGACAGUCUACAUUUCAGGUAGGGGAACGUGUUUGGGUCAAGGCUAGAUCGAUGCUGGCCCCAACCAUGGAUGGUCAAGUGGACAUCAACGACAUUGUGGAUCACAGGGAUAUGCCUGUUCCGAAGUCGUUGGGUCGAGGAAGACCUCCUAAACCCAAGAGAGAGUAUCGCGUCAGAUUCAGGCAUCAUACGGAUCCAAAAGAAGAUCGGUGGUUUACCAGAGAGGAACUGAUUGAGACAGCUCCUCAUGUGGUGGCAGAAUAUGAGAGACUGCUGAAAGGGAAGGCACCUGCGAAGUAAGCAUCUCAGCGGACUUUCGAAGCUAAGGGGGAUGGAAUGUGAGGAUUGGGACCUCAAGAAGGGGCCUUGCCAUGAUGUCCAUGUUCUGGGCUAAGGGCCCAGCAAGCCUAGUGCCCGCCCUAAGUGAAGGCGGGCCAGCAAAUCAACAAGAGCCCUCUUA